GGGCGGAUGCUGGGAGGAAGUUCGUCCCUGAACGGCGGGAUAUAUGUGCGAGGAAACCGCAAGGACUACGACAACUGGGCCGCCAUGGGAAAUCCUGGAUGGUCCUUCGACGACAUCCUCCCCCUUUUCAAGAGAGCUGAGAACUUUUUCGUCAAGGAUGUCCCGGAAGGAGACGCUCCUUACCACGGGACUGGAGGCUACUUCCCCGUGUCUCACACGUACGUCACGGACGUGCUGCCGGCGUUCAUCGAGGCGGGGGAGAGCCUGGGAUUCCCCUACAACAAGGAUUACAACGGCGCUUCUCAGAGGGGUUUCAGCAGAGUGCAAGUGGCAGCUAAACGAGGCAAACGAUACAGUACGGCCAGGGCGUAUCUGAAGCCGGUGAGGCAUCGCAGAAACCUCCACGUCCUCCUCAACACGCCAGUCUCCAGGAUCGUGAUAGACGAGUCAACGAAGACGGCGAAGGGGAUCGAGUACCUGAAUGAAGACGGCUCGAGGCGUUUCGUCUCGGCGACGAGGGAGGUGAUCCUGUCCGCCGGGGUUGUCGCUUCUCCUCAGAUCCUCAUGCUCUCCGGCAUCGGACCCAAGAAGGAACUCGAAAAGCAUGGUAUCCUCAUGCUCUCCGGCAUCGGACCCAAGAAGGAACUCGAAAAGCAUGGUAUCCAGCCGAUUGUGGAUCUUCCGGUGGGAGAGAACCUGCAAAGCCACGCGGGACCCGGUGGACUCUACUUCAGUUUCACUCAAAAAUCUGGCCUUUUCGUCCCCGACCUCCUCACCACCGACUUUCUUCCCGAACUGGAGAACUACCUCAAGACCGGCGACGGACCACUCUCAUCGCCAACGGGUUUCGAGGGCGUCGCAUUCGUGAACACGUCCCACGCCGCCGAUCCAGACUGGCCGGACAUCGAGCUGCUAAUGGGGGCGCUCACGAUCGCCACCGACGGAGGGAACUUUUACAAACGCAGGAUCGGGCUCUCAGAUGAGGCGUGGGAGACUUACUCCGGACUGAAGUAUCGAGGCGGUUUCGGAGUUUAUCCCCAUCCUACUAGGCCAAAAAGUCGAGGGAAGAUAUUGUUGCGCAGCGCCAACAUUCUCGAUCACCCAAUCAUUAUUGGAAACUAUUUCAAGGAUCCUGACGAUGUCAAGAUAACAAUCGAAGCAAUUCGUUUGGUACUGCAAUUGGGAGAGCAACCAGCAUUCAAGAAACUCGGGGCCCAAUUCUACAAACAAUCCCUGCCCGGUUGUAGGCAUCUAGAACAGUUCACAGACGAGUAUUGGGAGUGCCACAUUCGACAGUUCACGUAUCUUCAUUGGCAUGAUGGAGGCACGUGCAAGAUGGGGCCUCCCAGCGAUCCAGGAGCUGUCGUGGACCCUACACUUCGGGUGUACGGAGUGAAGCAGCUGCGAGUGGCGGAUGCAUCCAUCAUGCCGGUGAUGGUCUCCGCCAAUUGCAUGGCAGCAUGCAUCAUGAUCGGGGAGAAGGCCUCGGACCUCAUCAAGUCCUCUCAAAUUCUGAACACCACAGAGCGCGCAACCGCCGAACUUCGUUGA